CUUCGGAUCGACCCCUGCUAUCUUCCUAUCUUUACCUUUCCCUCCGCUCCACUGAACCUGUACUUCUUUCGUCUCUCUAUCUUGCUCUUGCCCAAUCGAAUAAUGUCGGAGAUGUCGAUCUCCGGCGCGGGAGAUCACGUAGCCAGCUCGAUCCCGCCGGAGAUAUCAACGACGUCCGCUGGAGCGAGGUACAAGAUGAUGUCGCCAGGGCGGCUUCCGAUAACGCGAUCGCCAUGCCUAACGAUCCCACCGGGAUUCAGCCCCGGUGCGCUGCUCGAGUCGCCCGUUCUGCUCACGAACAUGAAGGCAGAGCCCUCACCUACGACUGGUACGUUUGCUAUGCCCUUAAUUUUGAACAAUGGUGGUUUGGCUGCUCUCGGUUCUCCAAAGGAUUCUUCUAAAGGCUGUGUUUCUGAAGAUGGUAGCUCUCCUUAUUUUGAGUUCAGACCACAUAUCAGGUUGUCUUCACGUCCAGGCUUAUCCUCUUUGGCACCUUUGGGUUCUCUAGGGUUAAACUCAAAGCAACAAGAAUUUGUAGAAAAAAACCAAUGCCUUUGUGACACUAAUGGGUCAUCAUCUUCCCAAGUUGUUAAAACUGAGUGCAUAGCUCAAUCUUCACCGGAAUCAACUUGGUCAGCAACAGCGUCAGGCUCUCCUGUUGAAGUGUUUACUCUCAAAGCCAAUGGUUUUUGUGAAGAUGCUUCAAAUGAGUUACAACUGACAAAGGAUCUAGACUGCAGGAUACAGGCAUCACAGUCUGAUCAAAAUGGUUCUAAUCCCUUGAAUGCAGUUGAGAAGUCAAGUGAAGAUGGUUAUAACUGGAGAAAAUAUGGACAAAAACAUGUCAAAGGAAGUGAAUUUCCAAGGAGUUAUUACAAAUGCACACAUCCAAAUUGCCAAAUGAAAAAGCAAUUGGAACGCUCUCAUGAUGGACAUAUCACAGAGAUCAUCUACAAAGGCCGGCAUGACCAUCCUAAGCCUCAAGCUAGCCGCCGAUCAGCAGUUGGUGGCGUUUCCACUGGUCAAGAAGAAGAAAAGGAAGAUGGACUUUCUUGUUUCGCAAAUUUUGAAGAGAAGUUUUCAAAUGCACAUUGCCAUUCGUCUCAUGUCAAUCCCAAUUGCAACUCUGAGCUUUCUCCUGUAUCAGUAAGUGAUGAUGAGGUUGAAGUUGGAGGUGGACAGUCUGGUCUCGGUGGCGAUGAUGCUGCUGAUGAUGAUCCAGAAUCAAAGCGCAGCAGGAAGAUGGAAGUUGCUACUAUUGAUGCUAAUUCAAUUGCGAAAAAUAAUCGCGAACCUCGAGUUGUUGUUCAAACUGUAAGUGAAGUUGAUAUCUUGGAUGAUGGGUAUCGCUGGCGCAAAUAUGGCCAAAAAGUAGUGAAAGGGAAUCCAAAUCCUAGGAGCUACUAUAAAUGCACCAAUCCUGGAUGUUCCGUAAGGAAACAUGUUGAAAGAGCCUCCCAUGAUCCAAAAGCAGUAAUAACCACAUAUGAAGGCAAACACAAUCACGAUGUUCCCGCAGCGAAAACUACCAAUAACAACAACCGUGAGUCAUCCCCGCCAUUGAUAACGGAUGCCAAUAUUCCAAGGACUUAUAUCACACAUCAAUAUUCUCAACCCGAAGAAAAUAAUGCCAUAAAUCUUCAUCUCGGUGUUGGGGUUGGUUCCAAUCACAACAAUUUAUUAAAUGAGAAACAACAUCUAUCAGGUUUGGAACGAAUCCCGAGCCAUCAUCAUCAUCAUCAUCAUCACCAAUACAUUAGUUCUGAUUGCAACAAUGUCAUGAUCCAACUAAACCCUGUAUCAAAACUUUAUGGAAGCUCAAAUAAUGUUGUGUUUGGAUCCAGAGACAAUAAAGGAGAAGGUUUUUCUUUUAGCACUCAAAUGAACAAUUCAUCCAGCCAUUAUUACCCAAGAGCAGAUAAUCUAGUAAUGGGGCCAUGAAAGUAGCAAGAAGCUCUGCAAUGGUGGCUUAAAAUGUUUGUGGAAUAUAAUUUAUUUCUGCCUCUUGUGACUGGAACAACUACAGGUGGAAGGUUUUUACAAUUGUAUAGAAGUUUCAUUCAACUGGAAAGAAGAGCAUGACUUCUGCUGCAGCUUACAAGGAAUGUAUUGGUGAAUAGAGGCAGCUGAGUUGCUGAGUUAUUGGGCAGAGUUUCUGAGCUUAUGUAAGAGUAUUUUAGAUAUUGCUCAAAUCAUACUUAUUGCUGUGUAAUUAUGGAAAAAAAUACUGGAUAUUUUUCCUGUUUUAAUGUUUUAAUUGCCAUUCGAGAUCAUUCAGACAUA